GGCCGGCGCUGUAGUGCGGGGGGCACUAUGCGCAGACGCGGGCCUUGGCUUAAGAUGGCGGCGGCGGAUAAACAGAAGCACGAGCAUGGGCGAGUAAAGAUCGGGCACUAUAUCCUGGGCGACACGCUCGGCGUCGGCACCUUCGGCAAAGUCAAGGUUGGCAAACAUGAGUUGACUGGCCAUAAAGUUGCAGUGAAGAUCCUGAAUCGACAAAAGAUCCGCAGCCUUGAUGUUGUAGGAAAAAUCCGCAGGGAGAUCCAGAACCUCAAACUCUUCAGGCAUCCUCACAUAAUUAAGCUGUACCAGGUCAUCAGUACACCAACUGACAUUUUCAUGGUGAUGGAGUAUGUUUCAGGAGGAGAACUGUUUGAUUAUAUUUGUAAAAAUGGAAGGCUUGAUGAGAAGGAAAGUAGACGUCUGUUCCAGCAAAUCCUUUCUGGUGUGGAUUACUGUCACAGGCAUAUGGUAGUACAUAGAGAUCUGAAGCCUGAAAAUGUAUUACUUGAUGCACACAUGAAUGCCAAGAUAGCUGACUUUGGUCUAUCAAAUAUGAUGUCAGAUGGAGAAUUUUUAAGAACAAGCUGUGGUUCCCCUAACUAUGCUGCACCAGAAGUAAUUUCAGGAAGAUUGUAUGCAGGUCCAGAAGUAGAUAUUUGGAGCAGUGGAGUUAUUCUCUAUGCUUUGUUAUGUGGAACACUUCCAUUUGAUGAUGAUCACGUGCCAACCCUUUUUAAGAAGAUAUGUGAUGGUAUCUUUUAUACCCCUCAGUACCUGAAUCCAUCUGUAAUUAGUCUUUUGAAGCACAUGCUGCAAGUGGAUCCAAUGAAGAGAGCAACAAUCAGAGAUAUUAGGGAACAUGAAUGGUUUAAGCAGGACCUUCCAAAAUACUUGUUUCCUGAAGAUCCAUCAUAUAGCUCCACCAUGAUUGAUGAUGAAGCCUUAAAAGAAGUAUGUGAGAAGUUUGAAUGCACUGAAGAGGAAGUGCUAAGCUGUCUAUAUAGUCGAAAUCACCAGGACCCUUUAGCGGUUGCGUAUCACCUCAUUAUAGAUAACAGAAGAAUAAUGAAUGAGGCCAAAGACUUCUACUUGGCUACAAGCCCACCGGAUUCUUUUCUUGAUGACCACCAUCUUUCUCGUCCUCAUCCUGAAAGAGUGCCAUUUUUAGUAGCAGAAGCGCCACGUCCUCGUCACACUCUUGAUGAGCUGAAUCCACAGAAGUCAAAACACCCAGGUGUAAGAAGAGCUAAGUGGCAUUUGGGCAUACGGAGUCAGAGUCGACCAAAUGAUAUCAUGGCUGAAGUGUGUCGAGCAAUCAAACAACUGGAUUAUGAAUGGAAGGUUGUAAAUCCGUACUAUCUCCGUGUUCGAAGGAAGAAUCCAGUGACAAGUGCAUAUUCCAAAAUGAGUCUGCAGUUGUAUCAAGUGGACAGCAGAACCUAUUUGUUGGACUUCCGUAGCAUUGAUGAGGAAAUUACUGAAGCAAAGUCUGGGACUGCAACACCACAGAGAUCAGGUUCUGUGAGCAACUACAGAUCCUGUCAAAAAGAUGCAGAUGCUGAUGGGCAAGGAAAAUCUGCAGAUACAUCCCUUACCUCAUCAGUGAGUUCUUCUCUUGACUCUUCUACAGCCGACUUAACUCCAAGGCCAGGGAGUCAUACAAUAGAAUUCUUUGAGAUGUGUGCAAAUCUUAUUAAAAUACUUGCACAGUAAUUUUGAAGAUGGGCUUAUUUCUUUCAUAGCAAUAAGCUUGCUUAAAUUGUAGUCAGAUGCUUCCAGUUAUAAUCAAGGUAAAUUAAGGCGCUGAAAAAGCUAGCCACAAGAAAGCAAUUUGCACAGGGAUUGAAAUUAUUACUGGCAAUUAACGCAUACUAUUUUGAAGCUGGAGUGAAUUCUGAUUGUCUGCUGUUCAAUAGCGUGGUACAGGAAAAAUCCUGCCCUUGGGGCAGUGUUCAUUAUAUUUCACAUGGAGUGCACAUUAGGCUGAAUAUAAUGUUUAAGUUAGAUGGAUCUUCUUGCUUUUUUCACUAGUAAUACAUACAUCUGAUGCACUAAGUAAGUAUACACCCACUAGUUCAGUGACCUAAGUAUAACCAGUUGGUCACUUUCUACAGUUGUGCCUCGGUUGAUGAGAACUAUCAUCUUAUCAUAAUGUGUUAAAACUGCUGUAUUUCUUGCCCCCGAUUUGGCAGUAAAUGAUAAAUAUUUUAGUGUGUUGCAAUGUACUACUUCUAACAACUGCUAAAUCUGAUUAAAUGCAUGCAAGUCCAACCAGAUGGAAAUGCAUGUAGGUGCUCUGUAGUGCACUAAAGGUGAAAUUUGGUUGCCUGUGAGUAGACCAAUUUGUGUCCACAACAAUGGUGAGAGACUUAAUGCUGAGAAGACUUGGUGCCCUGUCAGCAAAAGCACAGUGUUGUUCUGUGAAAUGGAACUGUGGGCAAGCUCCUGAUCGGUGCACAUACACUUUAUGGUGUUGUGGCAGCACAGCAGCUCCCCACUGCUACUGCAGGCUGAGAAUCCUUUGCCUCAGAAAUGUGCAUGUAGUUAAGGGGUGGUGCAUGCUAUUCCAGGAUCUGAAACAGACAUUUUAUAGUAUGUUAGUACUUUGAUACCGCUAUUUAUCACAUUAAUUUAGCAUGCACUAUAGAAUUCACUUUGCAGUUGAAACUACAUAUAUAGUUUAGGUUUUAUUAGGUCACCUUUAUAGGAACUUUGCUAUUUAAAUUAAUUCCAAAAUUAAGUAGUCCAACUUUUCAGCUGAACGCUGAAAACUGAUCUUAAGAACUUCAGCUCUAGCAUUCAAAAUGUUUUCAACAGUAGAUUGCAAUUGCCAGACCACACAGCCUUCUGCAUUUAUGAUUUUUGCAACAUUUCAGGAAGAAAAUUGAACCAUAUGUUAAAAAUCACAGCUAGUACUUUCAGUAUAACAUUUACUCUCUUGUAAAUUGAAUUAGCUAACUUCCAUUUUUCAUCUAUCACUAAUAAAUAGUGAAAUAUGUCAUAACAUGUUUAGUUUUGCAUUCAAGAAUUUUCUCUCAACUUCAUGACUUACUCAGUUUCAAAGGUUGCUCUCCCAAGGAGAGAUUGAAAAUCAGGGCAUUACUGUGAACAAUGAGACCUGUACUGUUAAAAGUGAAUGGGGAUUCUUGCCGUUGACUGAGCAGAUACAAGAACAGUUUAAUCCAGUCCAACAGGCUCCAGCCCAGAAAUUCAUCUGUUACGAACAUUCACAAUCUGAAGAAACAAAGCUGCUUCAAGCCCUCGAACUGCUGUAAACUUCAUUCUGAGCUGGGCAAUUGUGUGUUCUGUCUGGUAUGUUAGUAAAAGUUACAACUUCAUUUCUUUAUCCUCAAGUGUCACACGUGGUCAUGUAAUGCAAGGUUGUAUUACUGUAUCUCAAACUGGAAGGCUUUCCUUAGGUAAAGUUUUGGGUUUAAACUCCUGAGAUUGAGAUGUCAACAGGAGGGACCAGCUGAAAAUUGUACUUUUGAAGCCUUUUUAAUCUUGUACAAAUUGGUUUUGAGGUACAGAGUCAAUCAGCAUGUUAAUUUUUGUUACCCUUUU